CGCACAGCCCGCAAGCCACGCCCCUUCCCAACAAAGUCCCGCCCACCUUCUCCCAGACCCUUCCCCUUUCUCUGAGCGCUGGAGAAAUCGAGGUGAAGGUGCUAGAAAAGACUUGAAACACCCCCGUAAAGAUGGAACAGCGAAAGGAAGAGACUGGGCCUGAGGGGAACAAUCUGCCAUCCCCCGGGACUGGGUCGUGGCCGCCUCCAUCUUUCCCAGCUCUGCCCGCUUCUUUCCUGGGUACCCCAGAUCCAGCCCACCUGGGGCUCCCCAAGAGCCUGGCCUCUGUGACCGUCCCCAUCCGCCUGGAUGCCCUCUCCUACCUCCUGCAUAGCGCCCUGAUGGGGGCCUACUCGCUUCAGCAGUCCUUGCCCUCCUGCCCCUGUGUCCCCCAGGCAUGCUGCACCCAGCCAGGCACUGCCAAGAGGCCACCCAAGGGACGCGGGGGCUGGAACCUCCCGCACAGGCCAGGCCGGGGCCACCGGAGGUGGGGACUUGGGAGGGCUCAACAGGCAGAGAGAGGCUGGGCCAGGGGCCGUGGGGCUGGCCCCAAGACCCCGCUGGUGACGCCACCAUCACCAGCACCUCCUGCUGAGGAUGGGAAGAAGGACAGCCAGGGUCCGGAGCCACCCGUGGAGCCGCCACCUGCUGAGGACUGGGAGGCCGAGUACUAGGACCCUGAGGAUCCCGCAAUCCCAGAUUCUGGAGAGAGCCUUGGAGGUCACCAGGAGAGUUUUCUUGGAGCCCGGGGUGACCCCAUACCUGCUAGAGAAUACCCAGGGAACAUCGCACUCCCAUCCCUCUUCCCUGAAAACCACAGCCUCGGGAGGGGCUCCUGCAAGUCAGCUGGUGACACCGGGACCUGACUUCGGAUCCCAAGCCAGGGAAACAACCCUGAACCUCAUGCCCAAACCCAAGCCCCUUCUCAUCUCUGACAGCAUCCCUAACUACAGUGCCAACCUGCGCUUCUCUCCCAACCCCCCGGGGCUCCCCCGGACAUCUCCAGCCCCCUUCCUAACCCCACAGCCAUUCCCGCCAGCCCCACCCCAUAGCCCCAGCCAUUCAUCCCCCUUCCUGCUCCCAUCUCUGCCCUGACCCACCCUCGUAGCCUCGUUCCCAGCUCCCUCAUCCCCUUCUUCCUAAAGGCCAGUCCGGCCCGUCAUCCUUCAUUUCACUGAAGCUCCAGCCCCCAUCGCAGCCAUGUCCUCGACCCCAGCCAGCGCCACCUCAUCCUCAACCCCCUUCCUGUCCCAGCCCCCCAGGUGACAUGCCCUGUGACCCCACUUGCAGAAAACCCUGUUGUCCCAACAUAUGCAGGCACCUGCAGCGCCCACCCCAUUUUCUGCCCUUGGGGGAGGGGGACUGGCUUGCACAAUAAAUGGCUGAGUGUCCCUA